AUGGAGAAAAAUCUUAAGAAGAACUAUUUACAAAGAAAUUUUGGUAUUUUCUCGAGCCUUGAUUUACAGUCUCCACCGCCAAUCAAGAACCGUUUUUUCGCAUCUGGGCCUGCUAUUCCUCUCGCGCGCGAAUUGGGCAGUACGAUGCGCCAUCGGAAGGUGAGCGUGAGACGGGAGGCGGUGGCGCCAUGCAUGACUUGCCCCCUCUGCCGCAAGCUCAUCCGCGAGGCCACCGCCAUUACCGAGUGCCUCCACACGUUUUGCAAAAAAUGUAUAUACAAGAAACUAUUAGAUGAGGAGAUGGAAUGCUGCCCGAUAUGUGACAUUGAUUUGGGUUGUGCUCCGUUGGAGAAGCUGAGGUCUGAUCAUACUCUCCAAGAAGUGAGGGCGAAAAUAUUCCCUUAUAAGAGAAUAAAUGCGAAGGCCCCAGAUGUCGUGCCACCUGUCACACUUCCUGCAAAGAGAAAGGAAAUGUCUCUCUCAUCUUUGGGGCUCAGCACCCCACUUGUCUCUUCACAAAGUGGGUUCACCGGCAGAAGGUCAAAGUCCACUGCAAGAAAGGCUUCGUCGAGGGGCACGAGCUUCACGAUCGAGAGAUCUGUGAGGAGGGGAGAUGACUCCAUGGACGAGCAGCCCGAGAGCUCCGGCUCUCCCGACAAAAUGAGGAGAUUCAUUCAGAACAUUACUCAGAGCUCUGCUUCUGGUGAGCCGCCGACUAAGCACAGUCCUGAUUCAAAGAGAGAGGAUCUAUCGGGGGCUCGGGAAGAAGAGAAAGUUGACCUUUGGAAGCCUUUGAACUGUUUAGUAGAAGCAGCAAGCAGUACCAAGUCGUCGAAGCUUAAUGUUCAAGGGUCUAGUGGUAAAUCGGAAGCUUGUGAAAGCGAGGGGCUUGUCAGUAAAUCCAAAAGUAGAGAGCACAGACAGAAAGCAAAAGCUCAGGAAGAUAAAGAUGUCGUGGAUCAAACUUGUACAGAGCCCGAAAGGCCCAAGAAGAGGCAGAGAGCCCGUCAAAAAAAGGUGCAAACUUUUGGAGGAUCUAAGGUUACACAACAGGCUGUGCUUGAUGCCGCCAGUGUAAAAUCAGAGCGUAAAAAUUAUCCGAUUUGGUUUUCACUGGUCUCAGAUGAAAAGGAAGGGAGUGCACUGUCCUUGCCUCAAAUUCCUGCGAAUUAUUUGAGAAUAAAGGAUAGGAACAUACCAGUUUCCUUUGUUCAGAAGUACCUCAAGAUGAAGUUAAAUCUUACGAGUGAAGAUGAGGUCGAAAUCAAGUGUAUGGGUCAGAAGGCAGUCCCCACAAUGCCUCUAAAUAAUUUGAUUGAUAUGUGGCUUCAAACUACGACCACUGAUAGAGUGGCGGCCACAGUUGGGUCAUCGGCAAAAGAGUUUGUGAUGGUAUUGGGCUAUUCACGCAAAGUUCCCGAUUCUUGA